GCAAGGUGCUUUCAAACGUCAAGUCGAAGUUGGCCGCGUUGUCCUCCUUAGCUACGGUGCCGACAGCGGCAAGUUGGCCGUCAUCGUUGAUAUCGUUGACCACAACCGUGCGCUCAUUGAGGGUCCCACCACUGGUGUCAGCCGCCAGGCUUACCCCUUCCGUCGCAUGACCUUGACUCCCCUCGUUGUUAAGGGUCUUCCUCGCGCUGCCGGCCAGAAGGUCGUCAAGAAGUACUUGGAAAAGAACGAAACCAUCGCUGCUUGGAACAAGACCGCUUGGGCCAAGAAGCUCGAGCAACGCCAAGUCCGCUCCAACUUGUCCGACUUUGAUCGCUUCAAGUUGAUGAAGUUCAAGGCUCAGGUAAAUCGCGCAGUUCACAUUUGGAUACAUGAUGAACGUUGUUGACUCACUCUUUUUUUCCUCUUCUAGCGCCGUUUCGCCACUCGCACUGCUGUUGCUCAGGCUAAGAAGCAGGCUGCUUAAAUUUUCCGUUACAUACAAUCAGCUCGCUUCAUAAAUAAAUACUACAAAAAAAGCAAGGCAGACAACUUGAACCUUCAUGUGCAUUUGAUAUACUCGA